GUUUCCGUCUCGAGGAGCGGGGGUCCCACGCACAGGAGGUGUGAGUGACGAUGGUGGACUGGGACUCGAUCGACGAGGACAUCAAGAAGCUCCUCACCGAGACCCAGUGCAGCAUCUUCGAAACGGCUUUCACUCUCUUCGACCGUGACAAGGACGGAUUUAUCGCCUUCUCGUGAGUAACCAACCACCCAACCACCUCUCUCUCUCCCUCUCUUCCUCACUCCAGCUGUGUGUCCAUGGCGUUCGUUGUGUGCACACUGUCUGUCAGCGAUUUGCCGCAGAUGUGGCGGUCGGUUGGGCAGAACCCGACGGACGCGCAGCUCAAGAAGAUCGUGGAGACGUGGGACAAGGACAAGAAGGGGUUCUUUGACUUCAAGACCUUCCUGAGGAUGUGCAUCAGCCCGGCCUUCGACGACCCCAUGAAGGAGGAGCGGCUGCUCGAGGCCUUCAGGCACUUCGACAAGGACGGCACCGGCAUCGUCACGGCGCCACAGCUCAGACUCAUACUCAGUGCUUAUGGUGGGUGGUGCGCUGGUGUGUGGUGUGUGGUGUGUGUGUGUGUGUGUGUGAGUGUGUCUCCCUCUCUCUCUCUCUCUCUCUCUGGGUGCAUUAGGAGAGAAGCUGCCAGAGGAAGAGGCAGACGAACUUGUGGAGUGGUAAAAGAGACACAGAGCAGAACACAAUAAACCAUGGCCGUGGGCGGCAUACACUCCUCUCUCUCUGUGUGUCUUCCUUUUUGUGUCUUCCUUCAGGGCCGAGAAGGUAAGGAAUGUGCGCAAGGCAACACGUCCACUGCUCUGCAAUGGCCUGUCUGCCUGGCUGCCUGCGUGUGUGUGGGUGUGUGUGUCCAUGAGGUGCAGGCGCAGGGCGUGUUGGUGAGCGAGGGUCGUCUGUCGUACGAGAACCUCAUCAAACAGCUCCUCGAGAGGGACCCUAACAUCAUGUAGAGGAAGGGACCGACCUGUCUGUCUCUCUGUCUUGCUUGGUGUGGCGUGGCGGUUGGCUCGCUGCCAUAUGCGGUGCGGUACGGUGCCGUGUACUCUCUCUCUCUUUCUCUCUGUGAUGUCUGUGAUGUCUGUCGUGCGGACGCACUGAUUGACAUCAAUAUCGCUUCGGUGCGUCCAUUUGCUGCUGCUAUGUCUGUCUGUCUGUCUGUCCGUCCGAUUGUCCACAAGAAACCACCGGCAAAAAGGGCGAAGGAUAAAUCUGACUAACUGACGAAUGAUCUGAUCACAUCAGGGGCCA